GACUGCAGGAUAGGUAGACUGUAGGACAGGUAGACUGUAGGACAGGUAGACUGCAGGACAGCUCGACUGUAGGACAGGUAGACUGUAGGACAGACAGACUGAAGAACAGGUUGACUGUACAGGUACACUGAAGGACAGGUAGAGGCUUCGUCAGGACGCUCAAACAGCCAGGUGCUGCAGGAUGUCUAACAGCAGGCAGCGGAGCCUGUCCACCUCCGGAGAGUCUCUGUACCAGAUCCUGGGUCUGCAGAAAGGCUGCGGCCAUGACGACAUCAAGAAGUCCUACAGGAAGCUGGCGCUGCGGUUCCACCCCGAUAAGAACCCGGAUAACCCCGAGGCGGCGGAGAAGUUUAAGGAGCUGAACAGCGCCCACUCCGUACUGUCCGACCUCAGCAAGAGGAACAUCUACGACUCGUACGGGUCCCUCGGGCUGUACGUGGCGCAGCAGUUCGGAGAGGACAACGUCAACACCUACUUCAUGCUGUCCACCUGGUGGGCCAAGGGUCUGUUCGUGGUGUGCGGUCUGCUGAGCGGCUGCUACUGCUGCUGCUGCCUCUGCUGCUGCUGUAACUGCUGCUGCGGGAAGCUGAAGCCCCCGGCCAGCGGCGAAGGCGCGGAGCCUGAGUAUGUCUCCCCCGACGACCUGGAGGAGGAGAUCCGCAACGACCCCGACAACGACGUAGAAACUCCGAUCCUUCAGCAGCCCACCAACGCUGGCGAGAAAACCCAGCUGAUCUCUGACGGACAUCGCAGAUAUGGAGACACCUACACAUGAAACAGGAAACAGGAAGUGCAUCUGAACACAUAAUCUGCACUAACGGCAGCAAUACAUUUAAUAUCUAAAUAAAGUCUUUCAGUUGCAGUGCACCUUCACUUUGAGUCUUUGAGUUUAUAUUCAUUUAUUGUACUUUUUAUGGAGGAAAAGCAUGUGAAUUAUGAAGUGAUUGAAACAGAGCCAUUGUCUCACUCAUCAAUUAUCAAACCAUUUAAAAUAAUAAUUGAUAUGGCUUUCAAAUAACUGAAGGGUUUAGUGUGUGUGAAAUGAAAACCAGAGACAAACGUUUCAUUUAUUUCAUGAAAUGAUCUGACAUUUUAUUUUAUUGUCUGAGAAACUACUGGCUCACUGUUCGCUGCGAGUCAAAUUGAGAUCCCAAUUUCACAGAUCUCAGUCAGAGCGUGCCGGAGCGAUCCGGGGCUUCUGGAGGGAGGCGAGAUAAAGAUCGACACAACAUGUUAUUCUCAAGAACUCCAGGAUCAUUUAUGCUGGAGCCCGGUAACCAACAGAAGUAGGUUAGCUUUAUUGUCCCCAGGGUGCACAGCACUGUAAAUGACCACAAUAUACAUACACGAUAUAAACAACAACAACAACAACAACAACAACACAGACAACAACAGUCUGCGACACACAUGGUAGUCUCACUCAGCGAGGCCUUCAUCAUAGAACCUUUACCUGCGGUACUAGACUGUUUCUUAAGUUGUGGUCUCCAGCUUCUGCUCAGAUCAGCCUCCCUGCUUCAACCCUCAGGCUAAACGGCAGGAUUCCUUCCGUGUGUUUCUAUAUUAAAGAUUAUUAUUAGUCAUAUAUACAGAUUCAAACUCAAUAUUAAUAUGUUUUGUAAACUAUAGUGAUCUUUGUUGUUGUUUGUGUUGAUGUAAAUAAUGCUUUGGUUUUGUUGGUGAUGUUUGUGUGUACACUGGUCAGUCUGGGAAAUAAAUAUGUGAUAAAGA